AUGGCUACUCAACUAUCCAAGAAGCUGAUCAGGAGCGGCAACAAUGCGGACUAUCCCAAGCGUGGCGACGAAGUCACGAUUGAAUAUACUGGUUGGCUGUAUGAUCCUUCCAAAGCCGACGAAGGUUACAAAGGAGCACAAUUCGAUAGUUCGGUCGGUAGAGGAGACUUCAAAACUAAGAUUGGCGUCGGCAGUGUUAUCCCAGGUAUGCCGCUGCGAUACAAAAUCUGCGCCGUCGGUUUCUCUUUUGACCCUGUAUAA